AUGUCCACAAACGAAGGGAAAGUCGAUUCUGGCAACGGCAAUGUGCUCUCUGAUAAUGAUCUUCCUUCACCGUCGGUCGACAAUGCCGAUAAUCGUGCAGUGUUGAUAGAGCGCGCAAGAGGCUUUCUGUCGUCCCCUCAGAUCCGUUACGAAGGCGUGGCAGCUAAACGCCAUUUUUUGGCUGACAAGGGUCUCUCUGAUGCCGAGAUAGCUGACCUUAUCAGAGAAACCGCCCCCUCCGUCCCUCCACGGACAUACCCACAGCUUCCUCCAUCAAACCUGCCCGUAUUACUUGCUGGCCUGGUUCGGAUCAUGAAAUGGGCUGCUGGUGGCUCGUUGGCUCUUCUUUUGAUUUACUAUCGUUUCAUCCUACCCCGUCUUACAGAAACCUUCAUGGCUCGUCAUUCAAUAAUGGGACAUCAAAAUACACUUCUGAAGCAGCUGGUUGGCUCACUAGAGACGACACGCGAGGCACAGAAAAGCACCUUCGCCACUCUUCCCAAAGUAGAACCGUUGCACGAGAUUGUUCCUUACCGAGACUGCCAAACGUUGGCCGACAUUGUGGCCGCGAAGGAGGCAAAGCCACCGCCAAAGAUUCCCCCAUAUACUGUACUCAGUUGUGCCCUGGCAGACUUCGUGGCCAAGGGAGAGCAGCCUACCACAGAGGAACUCUUCCACGAGAUCAGCUCAAAGCUCCCUUGGAUCGAAGGUAAUACUUCCUAUUGCGAUCAACUAUGGACGAUGCUCUCCACUAAUCCGAAGUAUUUUGUCGCCGAUGAUUCCGACUCGCCCACCGUACGAUGGUCGCACACUACACCACCACCUCCCCCACUUAGUCCCCUUGUUUCAUCACUCGAAAAUCUGAAGUCAGGGCUACCCAGUCCCACGUCAUCUGCAUCCUCAAGUCGAUUCCAACAUACUCUCCAAACCUUCAUCGACUUCACAGGGUACUUGACAGCACAAGUAUACACUGUGUCCACCGCAGGCCUUGGAUAUCGUCCCCCAGGUACUCAUACCGCAAGUCUCAGCCCGCAAGAAGAGGAAGUCAGGAAAGAGAUCAGGGCGUUGAAAGGCCUUGUCCUAAACAGGUUUGUCAACGCUACUCUGCUAAGAUGA